UGGACACCCCUGCCCUAGAUGAAUGUCUGUGUCUCCACAGGGCUGAGCGCUGUCUCAUCACAUGCUGGACGUCAGUACCAUUUUUUUUAUGAAAAAGUGACCUUUGAUGAAGCACAGAGAUACUGCCGAGAGAAAUACACAGACCUGGCCACAGUAGACAGCAUGGAGGUUGUGACUCUCCUGAACAGCAUGGGAGGGUAUGUUGACGUGCUGGCCUGGAUAGGGCUGUACGAUGACGUGGACAGCUGGAGCUGGUCACUGUCAGACACAAGCUUCUACAAACCGGGGGAGACGGAGUUCAGACGAUGGGAGUCUGGAGCACCACAGAAUACUUCAUGGAAACGAUGCACAAAGAUUAGUUCUGCUACUGGAUAUUGGACUGAAUCUGAAUGUAGCACACUCUUAAGCGCAGUCUGCUUUGAUGUCAGUGGUUUGAAUGUGACGUAUAUCUACACCCAGGCAAUGACAUGGAACGAGGCCCAGAGCUACUGCAGAACAAACCACAAAGACCUGGCCAGUGUGAGAAACGAGGCAGAGAACCAGCAGAUCAGGGAUCAGGUAGGGACCAAUUAUUGGAUUGGCCUUUCCAGAGAAUCCUGGAAGUGGUCCGAUAGAAGUGACUCCUCCUUUAGGCACUGGUCAGAUAAUGAACCUGACACCACGAUGAAGACUUGUGCGGCUGCAAAUUUCUACAAGUCUGGAAAAUGGGCGGACGCGGGCUGUGGGUGGGAGCUACAAUUCAUUUGCUACAGACAACCUGUUUCAAUGCAAGUGAUCAAAGUGAGGUUGCAGAAAUCAAACUCCGAUGUGGAUCUGAACGACCGCGCUUUUCUGGAUGAGUUGUUGGUGAAGAUGAAGAAGGAAAUGAGGGACAAGGGCUUGGAUGACAACAUCCAACUGAGCUGGAAGAAGCAGGCGGAUGGACAAGUCUUCCAUAAGGAGGAGGAGAAGAGGGAUGAGCUUUAAAGCUGAAUUGCUUUGUCGGCUUGCAUCAGAGAAAAGUGUAUUUCUUUCCUAAAUGUCCUCAUGCAAAAUAAUACAGCCGCAACAACGAGAUGAUUAAUGAAUUAUUUACAAUUAUUUUGAUAGAAGAUUUGAUGCUUUUCCUUGUAGUUCUUGAUUGUUUUUGUUCAUCAUCGGCUUUGCCUGUAAGAAAUAAUACCAUUUGUAUUCUCUCACUGUUAUGUCUCGGAAUAUCGUUAAAUAAGUUAUAUAAAAAUCAACUGUACCUAUGCUUCUUAUUCCCAUGUUCAGGGAUGCAAAAUUAGGCUUUCAAAAUCUGAGGAUUUUAUGCUUUACUCCGUCAUAUAUGGUCAUUAAUGUAAUAUGUUUUGGGAUCAGACCAAGUUGACUCCAGAAUAUCUUCAAAUUAUUUCAUAGAAAAUAACUAAAUGUAUCCUUAUGCUGUCACCCUGAUGGGGAUGAAAACUUGAAACAAUUUCCCUAAAAUGCUAUAACUGUAACAUCUUCCAGGGAAUUUUUUUUAAUAUAUACUUUUUCCAUCUUUCUAAAUAUUAUGAUUUAAAGGUUUCCUAUCAUGCAAAAUGCACUUUGUGAGUGAAUUAAAAAAAACUUUAAAAAACUAUCUCAAAUAUGUUAUUAAGUUAGAAUUAUUUUUAUUCUAUUAUUUCUCACAUGGUUGUUUAAUGUGUCCCCCCAUUUGCUCCAAUAGCUGCCCCUAGUACCAGUUUGGGUUACAUGCAGAGAUGUGUGUGCUGUGCAUGUGUGACAUAAUAAAGAGGGUUUCAUCCUCCGAUUCCAA